GGGGUUGAAGGAGAACCAUUCAACUUUCAUUGAAAGUAGUGACGAACAAUAAAUACCUCCGUGUGAGUGGCCCAAGGUGUGCCUAAUGGGAGUCAAACUUAGGAUAUUCAAGUUUACGGUUCGUAUCAAGUUCGUUGCUCACCCUUGGGUUGGUGUCAAUUAGCUAGUUGGUUGGCUGACAAAAAACCAUUUUCAUACCAAAAGAAAAAUUGGGAGGGGGAAUGACUAUGUUUGGGAGCGUGUAAUAUAUGUUAGCGUUUUCUUAAAUCAAUCUCUCACCUUCCCCAUUGAAAUGACUAAUCUACCCCUUUGCUGUGUGAAAAAAGAAGAGAGAUUUAGAAAACGCUUAUAACUAUGCUCCCAGACAGGAAACAGCUGCCCUUUUCUUAGAUUAUGACUCACUAAGUCACAUCCACGGUCGGACCAGAUUGAAAUCUUGUAUCAUACUCUUUCCUGGGCGGACUGGGCCUUUUUAAUCUUGGUCUUGGGCUUUAAGUUGCCCAAAGCUAGUCCGAGUCUGCCCAUUAUACAGCCACCCACUGACCCACCUACCAAAGAAUUAGAUGACCGUUGUAAGGGCUCUCUCUACGUCAGUGCGUCCAGGGUCGAUGGGAUCUUCUACGAGACCACCACCGUCCAUCUAGUACUUGAUUUAGAUGGUUCACGUGUGGCACGCUGGCUGUGUGCUCCUUUUAUCCCUUUUUGUACCAUACACCAAUAGAAACGGUAAUACCCGAGGAAAUGCCGAUUAUUUUCAGCUGCCGAUGUUUUAGGACUCCGCUUUACCUUAUUAUAAAAUAAUAUAAUAUUACGACUUCACUUUCCGAAUUCCGACAAGUCUGCAAUUCUGCGAAAAGCUUCAUAUACCAAACUCCAACCCGCCACCCAUUCCCACCAACCCUCUUAGCCCCCUCUGGCAUCUUCUUAGCCUCCUCUUCCUCGUCUAGCUUCUCCAUCUUUUCUCUCCAAACUCUAAACUGAGCGCAGCUUCACUCUGCUCCAAUGAGGUCCGGUAGCCUCUCGUUGGCUUCUACUGAUUAUCUUCAACUGGGCGGUGGCCGAGCAAUGGGGAGGUAUUCAACGCUGCUUUGUGCGCCUAUAAUGGGGAAAUCCGUUGAUCAGAUGUUGAAUAAGAUCGGUACGGCCAAGGCGGGUGGCGCUGACCUCGUUGAGGUCCGGUUGGACUAUCUCAACAACUUCAACCCUCGCCAAGAUAUCGAAAUUCUCGUCAAGCAAUCUCCUUUGCCUACGCUCUUCACUUACAGACCAAAAUGGGAAGGUGGUGAGUAUGAAGGUGAUGAAACAAAACGAUGGGAUGCACUUAGGUUAGCCAUGGAAUUGGGAGCUGAUUACAUCGAUGUUGAGCUUCAGGUCGCUAAUGAAUUCCUCAAUUCCAUAUCUGGAAGAAAGCCAGAAAAUUGCUCUAUCAUUGUUUCAUCUCACAACUAUCAACAUACACCAUCUGUUGAAGAUAUUGCAAACCUUGUAGCUAGAAUACAAGCUACUGGUGCGGACAUAGUGAAAUUUGCUACAACUGCCUUGGAUAUCACGGAUGUGGCACGCGUAUUCCAAAUCACUGUCCAUUCCCAAGUUCCAAUAAUUGGGCUGGUUAUGAGUGAGAGGGGUUUGAUGUCACGAUUGCUUUGCCCAAAAUUUGGUGGAUAUCUUACUUUCGGUACAAUUGAGGCAGGAAUGGUUUCCGCUCCUGGGCAACCAACACUCAAAGAUUUGUUGGAUUUAUACAAUCUCAGACAGAUGGGGCCUGAUACCAAAGUAUUUGGAAUUAUUGGCAAACCUGUGGGGCACAGCAAAUCACCUAUUCUUUACAAUAAAGCAUUUAAAGCAGUUGGUUUUAAUGGAGUUUUCAUACCAUUGCUGGUGGAUGACGUUGGAAAAUUUUUUGAUGUUUACUCAUCUCCUGAUUUUGCAGGAUUCAGCUGUACAAUUCCUCACAAGGAGGAUGCCCUUAGGCGCUGUGAUGAGGUUGAUCCUGUUGCAAAGGCUAUUGGAGCUGUUAAUUGCAUUAUUAGGAGACCAAGUGAUGGAAAGCUGAUUGGUUACAAUACGGACUAUAUUGGGGCAAUUACUGCUAUCGAGUCUGGAUUAAGAGGUUCCCAUUCUACAAACGGUUCAAGUGGUUCACCCUUAGCUGGUAAAUUGUUUGUAGUCAUUGGAGCUGGUGGUGCUGGUAAGGCACUUGCUUAUGGUGCAAAGGAGAAGAAAGCAAGAGUUGUAAUUGCCAAUCGCACUUUAGAUCGAGCUAAAGAACUGGCCGAGCUGAUUGGAGGAGAAGCUAUCUCUAUAGCUGAAUUAGAAAAUUUCCAUCCCGAAAAUGGGAUGAUCCUUGCAAAUACAACAUCUAUUGGAAUGCAGCCCAAAGUAGAUGAGACUCCCAUACCUAAGCAAGCUUUGAGCUCGUAUUCUCUGGUUUUUGAUGCUGUUUACACCCCCAAAAUGACACGACUCCUGAGAGAAGCAGAAGAAUCUGGUGCCACCAUUGUUUCCGGGUUGGAGAUGUUCAUUGGGCAGGCAUAUGAACAAUAUGAGAGGUUCACAGGUUUGCCUGCACCCAAGGAACUGUUCAGGGAAAUCAUGACGAAAAAUUAUUGAGUGUAUUUGUUCAGCCCUUGUUUGAUAGUCUCCUUGCAGCUGAAGCCCUUUCUAAUUGUAAUUUGUGUAGAAACUCUAGUUCCCUCUGUUGUAUUGUCUAGUCACACCCCCACGCCCCCAAAAAAAAAUACUUCCUCUUUCUAGUUUUCUUCUAAUGGUAAUAAUUGAGGGAGCAACCUAUCCAUUUGUUGGCUUCAGAAGUGUAUUGUAAUUCUUUUGUUUCCUCAUUGUUAGUAGAAUUUCAUAUUUUUCCCUAAAUAGAUUGAAUCCUCCCCUACCCCUUUUUCUUUUCAA